GCAUAUUAGACAGAGGAGCGUUUUACGCAGUUCAUUUCUGUAGAUGGGGACCUGGUGAACGGAUUAACAGACACACGGAGAAAGAGAAAGGUUCAGCUGUGGGGAGAACAGAGAAUUUAAGAGAGAAGAAAAGACUUUCUCUGAGUCUGCCUUCUCAAUGCUAUUUGUGAGCUGAGUGGAGCUAGUGGCUGGGUUACAGCUUUUGCCUGUGCACAGGUUGCUUUUCAGAAACCUGUGUCUCUUGAGUUUGUGCAUCGAGUCGGCGGCGCUAGUUCCCUUUGUUUGAGUCGGGGUGGGUGUGUGUGUGUGUGUGUGAGUGAGAGUGUGUGAGAGAGAGAGAGAGCGCGAGAGACAGAAACAGACCGUACUCAGCAUGGGAAGCACACUGACUAAACCAAAAGCUCAGGAUACAGCUGGAGUAGCUGGCAAAACCAACGGCCAGGAAAAUGGCCAUGUGAAGACCAAUGGUGAUGUGUCUCCAACUAAAGCUGAUGGAGAAGCGGCUGCGGUACCAGCCAAUGGAAGUGGAGCCAGCGAGGGAUUGAAGGAAGCCACUGAGAGUCCAGGCGAUGCUAUAGAACCAGCACCACCUGCUGAGGGGGAAGGUGCCAAAACUGAAACCACUGAAACCCCCAAGAAGAAGAAGAAAAAAGCCCUGUCUUUCAAAUCCUUUAAGCUCGGCAAAAUGUCCUUCAAGAAAACCAAGAAACCAGAGGCGGCUGAAAACAGCCCCACUGAAGAUAAAGCCGAAGGCAAGGCAGUGGAAGAGACGAAAGCAAGCAGCAGUGAAGCUAAAGAGAAUGCUGCAGAGGAGCUGAAGGAGGAGAAACAGGCAGAAGCCAGUGCUUCUGAGGGACAAGAAACCAAAGCAAAUAAUGAAGAGUCUCAGACUGAGGAGACAGUCCCUGCAAAGGAGGAACAGACUUCAGGAGAAGAAAUCAAGCAGGAAGCAACUGAGGAACCUACAAAACCAGCAGAAAGUGAGGAGCCUAGUUCAACACCUGCAUCAGCUGAGCAAAAGGAAGAGUAACUCUGAAACUGUUUACAAACUUACUCUGUGCCACGUGUUCACAUGAGACCAAUUUGCCCCUUCCAGCAGUCAACCCUAAUCAUGGACAUGCACACAGCCCACUUCUUUUGUUGCUAGAUCUGUUCAGCCAACUUUAGUCUUCAAAUUGUCUCAGUAUUAAAGUUUGCCUCUUUUCACCUUUUUUGAAUUUGAAAUUGUAUUUUCCUGGGAACAGCUUGGGUGCAAUAAAUAUCCACUUCCCCAGUUUUGGGAUUUAAAAUUAAGUUUAUUGAAGAAAUGAGAGGAUGUGACCUGGCCAAUGCUGAAUUCCUUCAAUUGUCUACACGUGGCAUUAAUCCUUUUAGUCACACGAUCUGAACACUGAUGAUAUAACUGGACCUGGGUUUGACUGACACACUUUUGGGAAAUCCCUUUUCAUCAGUUCUUAGCAUUUGCAGCCCUGCUUUGUUUCCCAAUUUGAGACAUUUUUGUGCUUUUUAGGAAAACAGCAGUUUUGAUUGAAGCUUCUAGAUUUUUUGUAGUUUUACAGUCUGACUACAACACUAUUGAAAUUUUAAGUAUACUGUGUUCCCAUUAAUUUUUUUUGAGGGGGAGUGCAAAGAGUUUUAAAUGUGAUGUUUUUUGCUGUUUUUUUUGUCCUGUAAAUAAAACUUUGGCCAAAUUGAUUUGCAAUUUUUUAUUGCUAACUUUUAAGGUGGUAUAACUAUUGUAACAUUAAAAGGAAAAAUAAAUUUCACCUGUGGACUGUU